AGGAUGUCCGGCAGCCCUGAAAAUCCUCCACUGUCGAAGCCUUGGAGCUAGUGAGAGCUAGCAUUGAAUGCUAACGCGUGAAUAAUAAUAAUAAUAAAAAAAAAAAUGCAGUCGUUUUUAAUUAAUGUCUCUUUGCUUUUAUGUUUGUUCGCUUCGCAUUUCGGAGGAGUUUCCGCGGAGGGGAAUGGAAGAGGAUUUGGGGACCACAUCCACUGGAGAAGCCUGGAAGAUGGGAAGAAAGAGGCAGAAGCGAGUGGACUACCGGUAAUGGUCAUCAUUCAUAAGACCUGGUGUGGGGCCUGCAAAGCGCUGAAGCCCAAGUUCUCUGAGUCGAAGGAGAUCUCCGAGCUGGCUCACAACUUCGUCAUGGUUAACUUGGAGGAUGAAGAAGAGCCAAAAGAUGAUGCCUUCAGCCCAGAUGGAGGCUACAUUCCCAGAAUACUCUUUUUAGAUCCCAGUGGUAAAGUCCGUCCUGAGAUCACGAACAAGAACGGAAACCCAAACUACAAGUUUUUCUACAGCAACGCUGAUCAAGUUGUGGCCAGUAUGAAUGAGGCUCAGGAGAAGUUGACCGGCGAUGCGUUCAGGAAGCCACACCUGGGUGAUGAGCUGUGACGAGAACGGCGGCACCGUGCCUAGCUCAUGGCUGGUACACUACACUCACUACUGCACCGUUUGGGUUCAGCCCUAAUCCCCGACACCUCAUUUCAGCCCACGUCGUACCCACAAACUUCCAAAACCCCAUCCAUGCUGCACUGAAAUCAUUUCCGUUUGCUUUAGUUGUCCGUAAAAAUGGCAUAAAACAAACCAAAGCGGACUAGAUCAGCGUCCAUCGGUCAAGGGUGCUACAGAAUUUUUUCCUACAGUGUAUACACAUGUAGGAAUUUACGAGUAGGCUCUGUUCAUUACUGCACCUUCAUCUAGUUGUUAAUCAUGGAGCAAUACGUUCACAUCGCUCUCCGACGACUCCCGAUUUUGUUAAAAUACCGAGCACACCAUAGGAUAAGUGGGAUAUCACGUGCUUCCAGGCCACAUCUUUGUGUAGUGGACACUCCCACGACCAAACGGCCUUAUAAAACGUCACUAUUCUAGCAUAGACUGAUCCCAAACAUGGGCGAUUUUAUAUUUACGAUCUUAAAUAAUCCUAAAAUACAUAUCCUGCAAAUUUCUGUAAGCUAAUCCGCAGUAUAUGGGUUUGCCUCUGGUUUUAUAAGACUUACGGUUUUUGUGAAAUGUCUUUAAAUGAACACAGAAAGCGACACAAGUGGGAGUUUAAUGUGUUUGCCCUACUGUAUUUUUUACAUGGAUGUAUACAGCCAAGUGUACAAUUAAAGUUGGUACUUGAUUAACAUUA